AUGUCCCUUGGCGGCUCAACGUUCUGCAUGCUGAACUACUUGCUGUGGAUGAUGCUCAGGCCGUGGGAGGAGGGGAGGUCAGGUCCGUGUCUCAAAGUCCUGCAUGAUUCCGUACGUGUCCACGUACUGGCGGAUGAGCUGGAGCAUCGUGUUGUUGUGGUGGCUGUACACAUCUCUGCGGCUUACCAGGUGUCGGGCAGCGUCGACCUGGCGGAGGUGGAGGAGAGUGAAGACUUGACGGGCAGAGACGACGAGGUGGGAGCAUCGUCGAUGAGGACCUUGGGAGGUCUUGCGGGGGAAGACGUGAGCGACGCGAGGCUGGAAUAUGCCGGAGGCGGACAUCAUGGAGCUGCGAUAUCGCGGGGGGUCUUGCUGCUCGCGCAUGUCUAUGCCGCGACAGCGACGCUUCCUGCUGGCUGGAACACCUCUCACUGCGGUCAAAAGUUUCGGCUGAUCACGAACCAGAUUUCACCGUUUGUUAAUGUUGACCCGUCGAAAUGUCAAAAUCAAAAGUGCCCGGCUGCAGCCUUCAAGGCAGGGGAGGAAGGCUUCACGUAUGAGCUAGUCACUACCUAUUUGAAACAGCACCUGGAGGCAAUGUGCAAGGACGCAAAAGAAAAAACUGUCACGUUUGAGUGGUACUUGCCUCCUAGUAAUUCUAAUCUGGAAUCUGCCACCAACUCCUUCAACAUCCUUUGCAAUGGCGAUUUUACCAACACAAAGCUGAGUUCGACAACAUCGGCAUGCCCAGCUCUCGCCACAUACAACGGAACCAGUCCAAACACAGCAAAUGUUUGUAACGGAGUGGGUGAUAGCACCUGUACAAGCGCUGGGCCUGAUGCGGUAAUGGCCUGCUACCUUACUGUGCGUCAAAUCGUGGUUCGUCGAUCAUAUUUUCGCUGGCCGGAUAUCAUGAAUACAUUUAAAGCCUUUUCUUUGGACCUGUGGAUGGCUAUUCUAGCUGAGAUCUUUCUAGUGAUGGUCCUCAUUCUGCUGGUCGAGACUUGGAAGAACCCUGCAAUCGAGAAGUCCUUCAACAUUCUUACUCCGAUCUAUGACUCAUUGUAUCACUCCUCUUUUAUGCUCAUUUUCUGGGCAUUCGGGAGUGCUCUUUGUCCAGGAGGUCAAGGCAAAGCAGCUUGCACAGCAGGGGGAAAGAUCUUUAUACAAGCCCAUCUUACCUUCCUCGUCAUCAUGGCUGCAACCUAUACAGGAACUUUGGGACCUUUUCUGGUUUCGUCGCUUCCUGUCACGAAUACCAAAUACUUGGGGGCUUACCUGGGGGGUGAUAGCACUCCAACCACACCCGAGAGUGUGCAGUUCAAGUACAUGGAAGCUGAAAUGCAGAACGACAACUCCAAGAAAUUCCAAAUAUGGACGACAGAGCUGAUGCACUCGUACAACAACAACGGGCAGAUGCAGGAGAAGAACAGAACAUUCGAUCCUUGCACCGCCACGAAUUUACAACUUGGAGCUUACGACAUGCUUGACUGCUCGGGAAGUUCGGAUGCUGUGUACAAGCCUGAUUCCCUUAUCUUCGAUGCCCCCUUGGUCUACUAUGAGCUCGCGAGGAGAUACAACAAUACCGGCACUUGUUCGCUCAAGACCAUCGGCAACGAAUUCUUCUCCUCCAACUUCGGCAUCGGGUUUCUCAAAGACACGACAUACGCGCGAGCAUUUUCGAUGGCCAUUCAAGUCGCCAUCGACAACGGAGACAUCACUAGGCACUCGCUUAGCAGGAAGUACAGGAUUCGAGCACAAGAUAACCCUUGUGUUGCCUUCUCGAACCCUCAGCUUGAGAUCACCAAGGACAUGGUCGCCGGCGUCUUCAUCUUCACUGUCGCUGGGAUCUUCAUCGCCUUGAUUCUCGGGAUCCUUCAAGGCAUGGCGUCAGGUCGCUUCAAGCUUCUCUUCCAGGCCAUGUUUACAUGUAAAGAGAUUCCUUUGGAGGGAGAGGAAGAAGAAGAGGAAGUGGAAGAGGAGGGGGAAGAACAAGGCAUGGACGAGGAAUUGAAACGGCAAGGGCACGACGACAACAUGGAGGAAGCAGCCGGCGACGACAAGAAGCGAGAAGACAGCGUCGAAGAGUCGAUGAAGAUCAAGCCAUCUGUUCGUCUGGGACAUGUGACAUUGCUUCUUGCAUGA